AUGAUGACUUGUUGUAGUUGGAUUGCUAUCUUGUUGGCUGUGGCUGCCGCUGCGUACUUUUACUUUUCAAAGAAGAGCAAAAAACAGGGUGAAAUACGCAAGCAUGAUUGGAAACCCGACGUCGUCUAUCUCUACCAGUUCCCACGAAUUAAGUCAGUGCCAAAUUUGUCGCCGUUCUGUUCAAAGGUGGAGACAUUCCUAAAGGUCAACAAUAUUCCCUAUGAAGUGUGUACGCUUUCUAUGGCACGAUCAAAGUACGGUCUUUUGCCGUUUAUCGAGUUGAAUGGCGAGCAUAUCGCCGACUCGCAGAUUAUUCUCCACCGGCUCAAAGAACAUUUCAAAGUGAAGGUCUGA